GCGGUGCGGGCGGGAGCGGGGCACCUGUGCCCGGCGGCUCCGCGCAGGUGGCGGCCGGGGGCGGGCGCGGGGCGGCCGCAGACCCCGCCGUGCAUGAGCGACAGGGCGCAGCCGCCGCUGGUGGCUCUGCCCGUGCCCCGAGCGCGGGGCACUCGCUGUCUGCCUGCCAUUGCGGUGCAGCCCUCGCACUUGGCCGAGGAUAUUCCUUAUAGUUAUUCAUAUCCAGGACACAGUAUAUAAUGGGGAGAAAACUGGAUCUUUCUGGCUUGACUGAUGAAGAAGCAGAGCAUGUACUCCAGGUGGUUCAGCGAGAUUUCAGCCUUCGUAAAAAAGAAGAAGAAAGGCUGAGUGAGAUGAAGCAGAAGUUGGAUGAAGAGGGUAACAAGUGCAGCAUCCUUUCCAAGCAGCAGAAGUUCAACGAGCACUGCUGUAUUCGCUGCUGUUCCCCUUUCACAUUUCUUAUCAACAGCAAGCGACAGUGCCAAGACUGCAAGUACAACAUCUGCAAGAACUGCAGUACUUACCAGAAGAAGGAGAAGGCUUGGAUUUGCAGCGUCUGUCAGCAAGCAAGGCUCCUAAGGACCCAGUCUCUGGAUUGGUACUAUAAUAAUGUCAAAAGCCGCUUUAAGUGUUUUGGAAGUGCCAAAGUCCUGAAGAACCUGUACAAGAAGCAUAGACUGGAGAGCGGAGUUUGUCCUGAUACAAUAGCUGAAGGGAGUUUGUUUGAAGGAAGCAUUGAGAAUGAUGGGAGCAUUUGUGGCAGUGACUCUACAUUCUACCAACAGACAGAAGGACACAGCAUGAUGGAUACCCUUGCUGUGGCUUUACGUGUUGCAGAGGAAGCAGUGGAAGAAGCUAUUUCUAAGGCAGAGACCUACAGUGACAGCCUGGACAAGCAGAAUGAAGCGUGUUACUUGCAGGAGCACAAGGAGGACCUCAUAGAAGAGCUGGCCACAACCAUUGUGCAGAAGAUUAUAAAGAAGCAGAAAAGCAAAACUGAGCAGGCCGAGGCCGACUUUGAAUGGCCGCCAUCCAGGAGCAGUGGCCUGGCGUCUGUCGCUGUCUCAGAUCAGAGCAUGCUGACUUUUCCAGGGAGCCGCAGGGGGUCCUACACGUUAUGGAGGUCUCAGUCUGCAUUCUCCCUGGCUAGUGAAGAUACGACCAGUAAAGGACAAGACUCUGCAUCGUCUGUGACCGAGGCUCUUCAGAGGCAGCAAAAAGGGCAGUCCAGGAAGCAGAAGGAACAUAAGCUCUCUGCAUUACCCAGCUGGAAGAGUGUGGACAGGCUAAAUGAAACAAGUCCACCUUCUGUUUUGCAAAGCACUGAUGGAAACUGGGUAGCCUUGCAGAAUGUCGCUUUGCCUCGUCCUCGAAUGCUUGCCAAACCAAAGAGUCAGGUAUUCAGAGCUUUGGAGAAUGAAUCCAAUGUUGUGUCUGCCUAUGACGAGAUGGGCUCAGACAGUGAGGAUGACUACGACUGGAAUGUGGCCUUGAACAAGCUGCGUAGGAGACCUCGACAAUUACCAGACGAUUUCUAUUAUACCAAUUCCCAGUAUGGUACCGAAUGGGUUUAUGGCAAUGAUCAGUACCAGGCAGUGACCUCCCCUUCCUCUGGGUUAUACACCAAUACUGAGACACAGUUCUCUGAUUCAGAAACAUCUUCAGUAAACUCUUCCCAGGAAGCUAAAGGACCUAGCAAACUUCUCUGGUUGCAAAGCAGAACUCAAAGUGAUAUGCCCAGAAUGGAAAAGAAACAUUUCCAUGGAGAACUGGAUGUAAAUUUUAAUCCACAGGCAACUAGCUUAGAGUAUUCAGACAGCAGUGAGACUGAAGAAGUCCAUUAUGAUUUAGAAAAGAGAUCAAGAAGGUGGAGGAAGAACAAAGCAACCUCUGAAGAAUUAUGUGAAGACAAGAAUCAGGCAAAAAGCAGCAAGAUGAAUAUAAGUCAGGAUUUUGAUGAUUUAUCAGAGACAGAUAUAAGCAAUGAAGAUCAGCACCAUAAUAUCAAGCCUGACCUUAUGGAGGAGGAGCUUAAAUCCAGGUUAUUUCAGCUUGCUGCUAAAAUGAGUGACAAGGAAACAUCUUCUGGUGAAGAACAAGAGUCAGAACCUGGAAUGGAUCCUGAAAACCAGAAGGAGAGUUUGUCCUCAGAGGAAAAUGGCAGAAGUAUUCAGGAAGAGCUAAAGAAGUUUGCAGGUAAGAUUUUCCCUCAAGAAUUCCAGGCCCCUGAGACCUGUGGGAAAGCCUGGAGCAGUGAAGACUUAUCCUUGGUAGACGAGGAUCAGGAAAAACAAAAGGCUUUUGAUCUUCAUUUAAAGCUGCAGUUUUUAUCCACUGUAUUGCAGCAGAAGUACUCUGCUGUCUCUCUCUGCAACAUAUCUACAGAAGUCCUGAAAGUCAUCAAUGCCACUGAAGAACUAAUAGCAGAAUCCACCGAUCCCUGUGAUUUCCCAGAUGACAUUCAGGACAGAGGAAGAGGGACCCUCCCACUGGGUACAGACCCUGUCAGACUUGAUGAGCAGCUCACCACACUGGAAGAAAAUGUGUACCUGACAGCCAGCACGGUGUACGGGCUGGAGGGGCAGCUGACCAACCUGGAAGACGCCGCACGCAAGAUCAACAGUGUUACUGAAGAAUCUGAGCUGGCCGAUCUGGAGGAUCAGGUGGCCACAGCAGCUGCCCAGGUUCAUCAUGCAGAGCUUCAGAUUUCAGAUAUUGAGAGCAGAAUAUCAGCUCUCACUGUUGCAGGCUUGAACGUGGCUCCCUGUGUUCGCCUGACAAGGAAACGGGAUCAAAAGCAAACAAACCAGAUGCAUACAAUAGACACAUCAAGACAGCAGAGGAGAAAACUUCCAGCUCCACCAAUAAAAGGUGAAACAAUAGAUGGUUCUCCAGUUACCACUGUCAGAACGUUUAACAGAAACUUCAUGCUUCAAGGAUCUCUAACACAAAGAACUAAAGAGAGGAAAAGCACUGCCAAGGACUUAAUGGAACCUGCUAUAGGAUCUGCUGUGAUGUACUAAACUUACACUUCCCUACUGCCAAUAACACACUGCCUAAGGCUGUACACUAGAGUGCCUUUACUUAACAGCCAUUGCGUAUGUCCAGCUGAAAAUGGACCCUCAAGAACCCACAGAGCCUCAGUUAUAGGGCUUCAUUUGGAUACCUCACUGAGAAAGCUGUCCAAGUCUUCAGCAUUGUGGUCUGCUACAGGAAACUCUGCCUUAAAGUUCUCACAGGACUCUAGACAGGAUGCUGAGUUUCAAAAGCAAGGCUCCACAUUUUAAGAUGCACUUUUUCUCCCUAUUGAUUGUACUAAAGUAUGUUGUCUUUAAACUGCAGUAUGUUUUUGUACACUCAAUCAGUCAUAAUUAUAGGCCAAAUUAUCUGCCAAAGCAGACCUGUGAUCCAUAUUUGCUGGCCUCUUACUAUUCACGUAGGCAUCCGUCUUGUUGAGCAAUAAGAACAACUCUGUGCAGUGUGUGCCGCUUUUCAGCUGCAUGGUGGGUGUGGAGAAUCAGUGUACCUAGCUCUGCUCCCAGGGAGUCAGUGGAAGUUUUGAGAGGGUUUGUAGGAGGAGAUGUGACGUGCAAAGUUCUCUCUGUUCACUGAGAACAGAUUGAAUGCUCUAGAGCUAGGUAAAUUGCUCUUGGCAGCAUGAGGAGCAUGGAUGUCAUGUUGAACCAUGAAUUGGUGGCCACACAACUCUGUUGAGUUACAAUCCUGGUGUCUGGAAACAUCUGAACACUGUUGUGAAACCAACACCUUUGUAUGUCUUGUUCUUCUUGGUAGCAUCGUCCACUUGAUGGUGGCCAACCAUGCUGUAGUUCAGAAUAAAUUCUGUCCAAACCUUUAAGAUUGGUAAAAGAAAGUAAAAGUGUUGUGGAUGAGAUCUCUGCUGACUGACUGGUGGUUGUAGGGUGACUGCAGCCUGUAAGAGGUUCCUUUCUAAUGUUCCCUGGUGUUUCUGAGAAGGGGGCAAAUGUAGCCCAGACAUCUCUUCCUUCACUAGUCUGUAGCCAACAGAGAGUAGCUGAGUCCUGUUGCUGGUGCCACAUGUACCCCACUACCACUGGACCACUCUGAAUUCAAUUGUGAAUAGUAAUAUUUCUUCUUUCAUUUCUUGAGACCUUUAAAAGGUGAGUCAAACUGGAAGACCCUUGAGGAGAAGUCCUGGAGGAAUAUGCUGCUAACAGGGUGUUCCUCUCACGCCCCUGGGGAAGGGUGUUUGCCAAUUCAUGGUAUUUUAUGCUCUGAAGAAUACAAAGGAGGUAGUUAGAGGAGGUGAUAAGCCAGUGAAUCCCUUGCCUUCCACACAAGUGGCAGAGCAGGUACCCAAAUGCAGACAGGGUUGGCAUGAAAUGUGCUGUGAAGAAGGGCACAGGCUGGCAAGUUCCACCUCAGCACUGAGGAGUGGCUAGCUGAGGAGUGAGGAGCUGAGCACUGAGGACUGGCUAGCUCUCCAGGGAGCCCUGGGUACUAGGAAGGGAGGAGGGUUCCUUCUUUCCCUGGGCUCCCAGUGAACACCCACAGGCAGAGUGUCACAUGUUACCUGCCAUACAGCAGGAAAGCAGUCCUCUCAGACACCAGGCCAUGAAAUGUCUGUGGUUAGGCAAAUAUGAGCAAAACUGGGCAAAUUUCCUGACUAGGCUGCAUUUAGAGGGGCAAGUGGGGAAGACAAGGAAUGGCUGGAUGAGUUGGUUGGAAAAAUGGUUCCAGAUGCAAAUCUGCUACCCACAUCUGACAUCUAGCUUGUCAAUACUCUGAUGUCCAGCUGCAUGUAAGGAACCCUUGGAAUAAAUACAACCAUCUUCCCACCUAGAAUACAUAAGUGUCAUUCCAUCCCUUCAGGGAAUUUCCAUCUGCCCAAGAUCUGAACUAGUGUGUUCAUUCUGGGUGAAAUUAGGCCUUCUUUUACUCUCACACAAUACUAGUUCUCUAAAAUUGGUUUGCACAGAUGUGAGGGCAGAAUUCAGCCCACUCUGUUUAAUAUAUAAAUAUAUACAUAAAACAAAUGGAUUUUAUUUAUAUAUGCAAUCCAGUAAAGGAGAUUAAACAGAGUAGGAUGCCUAGUAAUUUUUUUGUUAUUCAGUCUUCUCCUCCAUUGACUGUUCUCGUGUAUGUAUACAAUACAUUCCCAGGUUCUGGUUUAUGCAGGUAUGCGUGUUAUGAAAUGUCAUUAAUGGUGGUUGGUCUGCAUAUUUGUUUAAUAAAUAAUAACUAAUAUUGUGUAUGUAAUAUCAAUACAGAAAUUACUAAUUUUAAUAGAAUAAUUCUUUGGCUUUUGUUCUGUUAGUGUGAUUUAAACAAACCAAUGAAGUUUGGAAUAGGCUGUUUUCCUUAAGAGGCAUGAAAAGCAACUAUUAUCGUGUUACAAUGUUAAAAUAUUCAGUCUUCUUUGACAGAAAAAUGUGUACUGUGUAGGCAUUGCAAAAAAAAAAAAAAUUUAAAAAAAUCCCACCUGCUCUAAGGCAUUUGAAUUUUUACAAAUGUUUAUUGUGCCAAAUACGUGCAAAGAUAUAAUUUCCUGUUUUAAAAAAAUCAUAAAAACAUAUGUUAUAGCACACAAAGAAUUAUUUUGUCAUCAAGUGAUUUCAAUCUUUAGUGUUAAUAUUUAUAAUUAGAUUAAUUUUUAUAAAUGAAAAUAUUUUAAUGGGUAAAAUCAAGACUAUAUGAUCUAUUUGAUUAAGUCUGAGUGAAUAUUAAGCUUGCCUUGUUGUUGUUAUCUGCAUACUCACCAAGAAUUAUAUGUCAAGAGAAAUUAUAAAAGAGUAAAAGCGAUUUAUGAAAAGAAUGCCUUUUCAAGGACUUGAUUCAUAAAGAAAAACAAAAAGUU